AUGGUUACCUUUCGAAAGCCCCUAAAAUUAUUAGACCUUUCACUUCGAGAGAUCUAUGUGAAGGUAUGCAACACAGGUGACAAAGAAAAGGAAAAAUGCAGAUGCCAGCAUCAGGGGUUCGACAAGCAUGGAUAUUGGGUUGAACUUGUAAUGGAAGAGUGUUCCCAACACCAAAGCUCCUCCACAGCACUCCUGACCACCGCGCUGUCACUCUCGGACGCUAAGCGGAGCACGAAGAGCGUCCCCAGCACCAAAGCAUCCGCGAGACCCAGACCCGUCGAUUUAGGGCUCACCGGCGUUCUCCUCCGCAUCAGCCCUGACCACCGCUAUCCGACCUGGGUCCAAAAUCACCAAAUCCCGGGCCUAAAAACAACACACUCCGUUUCAUCGAACACCCGAUUGAGCUCGGGCGCCAACUCGAGGCAGAAGCCGCCGCGAGUGACGGGAACGGAGCAUCUCUAA